AUGGUAAGUUACACGGAAACCGGGCACACCUUCACCGCCAACCCCAGUCGGUCUGCGCCCCACGCAGCCCCUGCUGCUCCUGCCCCCGCUGAUGCUGCGGCCCCCGGGGCUGGGAAGAAGUGGUACCCGACUGCGGAGGAGAUCUCGGUUCUGGGGGGCUACCUCCGCCUCAGCCGCAGCUGCCUUGUCAAGGGGUCCCCUGAAAGGCACCACAAACAGCUCAAGAUCUCCUUCAGUGAGACAGCCCUAGAGACUACGUACCAGUACCCCUCCGAGAGCUUGGUGCUGCGGGAGCUGGGCCCGGAGCCCGAGGCCCCCUGGCGCCCCUGCGGCCCAGCCCAACGACAGGAAGAGGAGGAGGAAGAGCUGCAGGCAGAGCCCCUGGGCGGCCUGCGCUCCAAGGUGCUGCUAGUGGAUGAGUCCUGCCGGAGGUGACCCUCUUCCAACACAGGGACCUACCUUCCUCCUUCCCGAAAUGAAGAUCCUGGGUCCCGGAAGAUUCAGAACAGACGCCCCUGAAAGGAGCCUGGCAGGAAGGGCAGCCAGCGUCCUCCGACCUGCUGUCCCCACCCUGUCCCUGAGGACAGAGCCCAAAGCCACCUCACCCCCAGUCCCCAGA